AUGAGUGUGUGUGGAGUGUGUGGAGUUGAGGAGGAGCUGGAGUCGUAUUUCAGGGUCCGAACUGAGACUGCCUUUGUUCACGUGGAGCUGCUCUCGAUCAGUCCGACAGCAGAGAGAGAGAGUGUGUGUGUGUGUGUGAUCACAGUCUCUAACGGUACCCGAGACACGAACACCUCCUGGACCACGGACAUGGCUCGUGCACGCGCCUCAGUGCUCAGCAGAGUCUGGAGCUGGAGGAUCUUCUUCAUCAUCUUCAUCUUCAUCACUGUCAGCUGUCCUCCUGCACGCGCAUUCUCCCUUCACCCAGAGAGUGGCUCUGGCGGGCAGCUGGACCUGACGGAGCUCAUCGGCGUGCCCUUGCCCCCGGCGGUCUCCUUCAUCACCGGCUUCGAGGGAUUCCCUGCGUACAGCUUCGGGCCGGACGCUAACGUGGGCCGCCUCACGCGCUCCUUCAUCCCCGACCCGUUCUUCCGUGACUUCGCCAUCAUCGUCACGGCCAAACCCAGCAGUCGUCGGGGAGGGGUGCUGUUCGCCAUCACCGACGCCCUGCAGAAGGUGGUGCAGCUGGGUGUGGCGCUGGCGCCGGUGGAGGACGGGUCUCAGCGGGUGCUUCUGUACUACAGCGAGCCCGGAGCCACACACACACACGAGGCGGCCUCCUUCAAGAUGGCGGAGCUCACGGACCGGUGGGCCAGAUUCACACUGGCGGUGCAGGGGGAGGAGGUGAAGCUCUACAUGGACUGUGAGGAACACCAUCGCGUGGCCUUCCACCGGAGCCAACACACACUCUCCUUCCAGCCCAGCUCCGGCAUCUUCAUCGGGAACGCUGGAGGAACGCGGAUGGAGCCCUUCGUGGGCUCGAUCCAGCAGCUGGUUCUGACGGCCGAUCCCACGGCACCGAACGAGCAGUGUGAGGAGGACGAGCCUUACGCGUCAGGUUACGGAAGCGGUUAUGGGAUCUACGACGACACAGAGACUGGCGACGAAGUGAAGAAAGUGCAUGAAGAGAGAGAAUAUCCCAGGGUUGAGCCGGUGAGAGCGCCUCCUACUGAUGCUCCCUCGCUCCACACACACACGGAUGAUGAAGACUGGGCAGAAAGCUCCGGAGACCACGUGAUUAUUAACACUCCCACAGAGCCCAUCAGAUCGGAGGGAGCCUCUCAGGACAGACAUGUCAUCACCAUGCAGAAAGGAGAGAAAGGAGAUCGAGGUCCAGCCGGUGCGCCCGGAGCGCCUGGAUCGCCGGUGGGAUCGGGAGAACCGGGGCCCCGGGGCCCUCAGGGGCCGGCAGGAGCUCCAGGAGCCGACGGACAGACGGGACGUCCAGGGAACGACGGAGCCGCUGGAGAGGUUGGACCUCCGGGGUUCCCGGGCCUUCAUGGAGAUCCGGGUCCUAAAGGUGACAAGGGCGAUCCAGGUGUGGGCAUCACAGGGCCUCCAGGACCUCCGGGGCCGCCAGGACGUCCAGGGGCGUUCAAGUAUCCGGACGGCACUGACGGCUCGGGCUCCAGUUACCUGGACUUGGACAGUGACACAGAGGUGAUACGGGGUCCUCCAGGGCCUCCGGGUCGUCCGGGUCCUCCUGGUCCUUCUAUCGGAGCUCAGCCAGGGCCAGUCGGGCCCCCAGGGGCUCCUGGGAAGGAUGGGGAGAUAGGCAAACCGGGACUAUCGGGUGCUAAUGGACGAGACGGGAAACCUGGGAAAGACGGAGAAAAAGGGCAAACGGGUGACGCAGGUUUACCUGGAAUCAUUGGACCAAAGGGAGAUCCAGGGGUCCCGGGACAGCGAGGGCCUGAGGGAGCUGAGGGCCCCAGAGGACCCCCCGGACCCCCCGGACCAGCGGGGAAACCCUUCAGCUUCGACAUGAUGGAUUUGGAGGGCUCAGGCCUGGAUGGAGACAGUGGCUUCAGACCGGUGCUGCCCAGAGGACCACCCGGUCUUCCCGGGAUCCCCGGACCCCCCGGACCACAGGGGAAAGACGGAGCCGACGGCCCUCCGGGUGUUCCAGUGAAGGGGGAGCCGGGUGCCGACGGAGCCGAUGGACAGCCCGGGUCACCUGGACACCCUGGGCUACAAGGUGAAAGGGGAGAGAAAGGUGAUUCGGGUCAGAAGGGAGAGAGAGGCCUGGAUGGAGUGAGUUUACCUGGCCCUCCCGGGCCCCCGGGCCCCGUCUUCAGCCUGCAUGAGUUAAUGCUCAACGACACUGAAGGGAUCUUCAACCUCUCUGGGGCUUUUGAAGCACAAGGUCCACUGGGUCCGAGAGGUCCGAAGGGUGACAGCGGGGCCCCGGGGGUCCAGGGGUCAAAGGGUCAGAAGGGAGAGUCGGGGUCCGUGUCCGGGGGCUCGGGGCCACAGGGGCCAACAGGACUAAAGGGAGAGCGUGGCGUUCCUGGCCCGCCCGGGGAACAGGGCCUCAUCGGACCCUCUGGACCAAAGGGGGAAUUUGGAUUUCCAGGACGUCCGGGUCGUCCAGGGGUCAGCGGGCGGAAGGGAGAGAAAGGAGAGUCCGUCGGUUUACCUGGUCCUCCGGGUCCUCCAGGCCGUCCAGGAGCGUUCAACUGUCCCAGAGGAACCGUGUUUCCCGUCCCUCCUCGACCCAACUGCAAACAGCCCGCUGAUAAAGGCUUCAUAGGAGAGAAAGGAGAGAGAGGUGAAGCGGGGAUGCCGGGGGAUCCUGGGAAGUCUGGUUUGCUGGGGCCUAAAGGGGAAUCUGUCGCCGGGCCCCCGGGUCACCCAGGCCCUCGAGGACCCCCUGGAGCGCCAGGUUUGGGCAGAAGUGGUUUUGCUGGACCUCCGGGACCGCCGGGACCUCCGGGACCACCCGGACGAUACGCUUCCGGUGUGAGGAUCCCUGGUCCUCCAGGUCCUCCGGGUCCUCCGGGUCGAGCUGAUCCCGCCGGAGCCGCGCGGAGGUUUGCCAGUGUGCGAGUGAUGACGCAGGCGCUCGAGGACGAGGGAACGCUGGCUUGGGUCUCGGACUCCAGUAAACUCUUCAUUCGAGUAUCCGGAGGCUGGAGAGAGGUUCUGCUGGGCGCUGUGAUCCACACACUCGAGUCUCCGGCCCUCUCACAGGACGAUGCUGAACCUCUGAUGCUGAGGCCUCAACUCAACACACCUGAGAUACACACGGGACAAGCACUGAGGCUGGUGGCUCUCAACACACCACUGACGGGGAAUCUGGGCUCCGUCCACUCAGUGAACCAGCUCUGCAGAACUCAAGCUCAAGCCAUGGGAAUCAGAGACCAUUACAAGGCCUUCCUCUCACACCACCUACAGGACCUGAUUGACACUGUGCAGCCCAUGUUCCGAACUCACACGCCAGUCGUCAACCUGAGGGGUGAGGUCCUGUUCAAGGACUGGGAGUCGAUCUUCUCCAACCAUCUCCUGCCUCCCGGGAUCCCGCUGUAUUCCUUCGACGGGCGUGAUGUGAUGAGUGACCCCUUCUGGCCUCAGAAGGCGGUGUGGCACGGCUCUUCAGAGCGAGGAAAGCGACUGGACGCUCUGAACUGUGAGUCCUGGAGAGCUGGAGACAUGGCCAUCACGGGUCAGGCCUCGUUCCUCUACAGCGGAUUACUGAACCAGCAGACCCGAAGCUGCUCCAACCGGUUCAUCGUCCUGUGCAUCGAGACCAGCCACGAGCACAGGAGAGGACAUUACAGAUACUGAACCACAGAAGAGGCAUUACAGAUACUGAGAUACUGAAGCCUCUCGCAGCAGAAACUGUGUUAGUGUGGACAGAGACGACAUGAACUCCAGCAACACAUGAACGUUCAGUCCAACCCAAGCCGCCGUUCUAGAAUGUAACGUGUUUAUUGGCCAGAUCCCAGCGUUGGACCGGGGACAUCGGCCCUCUCCAUGACAUUUUCAUGCACUGUACUUUUCAAAUUGUAUUUUUGGUGUUGAAUUUCCAAAAAAAAAAAAAACUUUUUUUAUCAUGUCAUUUAUUUGUUUGUUAUUCUGUUUGUAUUUAAUUUAAUUUCAGUGUUUUAUUUAUACGGUGACCGCACAUGAUUAAAAAAUGUCAUUGAUAAAUAUGUAAUUUAACUGUUGAAAUUAAUUCUCAUUCAUUUUUUUUAUUGUCAUGAAACAGUUUUUGGACCUUGCAUGUUUUAACAAGUUCAGAUCACAAUCAAAUCACCUUUUUUAUAGAUUUUUUAAAAAGCAAAUCAAGUGUUUAUUGUCUGUUGAAUAAAACAUUUUUUUCCAAAUUU